UCCUGUUGAUCUAUGCCUCAUACGCACUAGCCUUCUGGUAUGGAUCUACUCUAGUUAUAUCCAAAGAAUACACCAUUGGAAAUGCAAUGACAGUCUUUUUUUCAAUCCUAAUUGGAGCUUUUAGUGUUGGUCAGGCUGCCCCGUGUAUCGAUGCUUUUGCCAAUGCGAGAGGAGCAGCAUAUGCGAUCUUCAGUAUUAUUGACAGCUUUUUCAGAGAGAGGACACAAACCAGACAGCAUCAAAGGGAAUUUGGAGUUCAAUGAUGUUCAUUUUUCUUAUCCUUCUCGAGCUAAUGUCAAGAUCUUGAAGGGCCUCAACCUGAAGGUGCGGAGCGGGCAGACGGUGGCCCUGGUGGGGAGCAGCGGCUGUGGGAAGAGCACGACCGUCCAGCUGAUGCAGAGGCUCUAUGACCCCACAGAGGGUACGAUUAACAUCGAUGGGCAGGAUAUUAGGACCUUAAACGUGAGGUAUCUGAGGGAAAUUAUUGGAGUGGUGAGUCAGGAGCCAGUGCUAUUUUCUACCACGAUUGCUGAAAAUAUUCGUUACGGCCGUGGGAAUGUCACCAUGGAUGAGAUCAAGCAAGCUGUCAAAGAAGCCAACGCCUAUGAAUUCAUCAUGAAAUUGCCGCAGAAAUUCGACACUCUGGUUGGAGAGAGAGGGGCCCAGCUGAGCGGUGGGCAGAAACAGAGGAUCGCCAUUGCCCGUGCCCUGGUUCGCAACCCCAAGAUCCUUCUGUUGGACGAGGCCACCUCAGCCUUGGACACAGAAAGUGAAGCAGAGGUGCAGGCGGCUCUGGACAAGGCCAGGGAAGGCCGCACCACCAUUGUGAUAGCACACCGGCUGUCUACCGUCCGAAACGCCGAUGUCAUUGCCGGGUUGGAGGAUGGCGUUGUCGUGGAACAAGGAAGCCACAGUGAGCUGAUGAAGAAGGAAGGCGUGUACUUCAAACUCGUCACCAUGCAGACAUCAGGGAGCCAGAUUCAGUCAGAAGAAUAUGAAGUUGAACUAAAUGGUGAAGAGGCUGCCACUGCUAUGGCCCCAAAUGGCUGGAAAUCUCGAAUAGUUAGGAAUUCCACCCAUAAAAGCAUUAGAAAUUCACGAAUGCAUCAGAAUGGCCAUGAUACAGAAGACAGUGAACUUGAUGCCACUGUGCCACCGGUGUCCUUCCUGAAGAUCUUGAAACUGAACAAGACCGAGUGGCCCUACUUCGUGGUGGGAACAGUGUGUGCCGUCGCCAACGGGGCUCUGCAGCCGGCCUUUUCAGUCAUAUUCUCCGAGAUGAUCGCGGUUUUUGGCCCCGGGGACGACGCGGUGAAGCAGCGGAAGUGCAACAUGUUCUCGUUGCUGUUCCUGGGGCUGGGGAUCCUCUCCUUCUUCACUUUCUUCCUCCAGGGCUUCACGUUUGGGAAAGCUGGCGAGAUCCUCACCAUGAGGCUGCGGUCGAUGGCUUUCAGAGCCAUGCUGAGGCAGGACAUGAGCUGGUUUGAUGAUCAUAAAAACAGUACUGGUGCACUUUCUACAAGACUUGCCACGGACGCCGCCCAAGUCCAAGGAGCCACGGGCACCAGGCUGGCCUUGAUCGCCCAGAACACGGCCAACCUUGGCACCGGCAUUAUCAUCUCGUUUAUCUACGGUUGGCAGUUGACCCUUUUGCUGCUGUCGGUUGUUCCGAUUAUUGCUGUGUCAGGAAUUGUUGAAAUGAAGAUGCUGGCCGGAAACGCCAAGAGAGAUAAAAAAGAGCUGGAAGCGGCUGGAAAGAUUGCAACAGAGGCGAUAGAAAAUAUUAGGACGCUUGUGUCCUUGACCCAGGAAAGAAAAUUUGAAUCCAUGUACGUUGAAAAACUGCGUGGGCCUUACAGGAACUCGGUGCGGAAGGCGCACAUCUACGGGAUUACCUUUAGUAUCUCACAAGCGUUUAUGUAUUUCUCCUAUGCUGGUUGUUUUCGAUUUGGUGCCUACCUCAUUGUGAAUGGACACAUGCGCUUCAGGGAUGUUAUUCUGGUGUUCUCAGCAAUCGUGUUUGGCGCGGUGGCUCUCGGACACGCCAGCUCCUUUGCUCCGGACUACGCCAAAGCCAAGCUCUCUGCAGCCCACUUGUUCAUGCUGUUUGAGAGGCAGCCUUUGAUCGACAGCUACAGCGAGGAGGGGCUGAGGCCUGGUAAGUUCGAAGGCAACGUGGCAUUCAAUGACGUCGUGUUCAACUACCCGACACGGCCCAACGUGCCGGUGCUGCAGGGGCUGAGCGUGGAGGUGAAGAAGGGCCAGACGCUCGCGCUGGUGGGCAGCAGCGGCUGCGGGAAGAGCACCGUGGUGCAGCUGCUCGAGCGGUUCUACGACCCCAUGAGCGGAACAGUGCUCCUAGAUGGUCAAGAAGCAAAGAAACUCAAUGUCCAGUGGCUCAGAGCUCAACUUGGAAUUGUGUCCCAGGAGCCCGUCUUGUUUGACUGCAGUAUUGCUGAGAACAUUGCCUAUGGGGACAACAGCCGGGCAGUGUCCCAGGAAGAAGUUGUGCGUGCAUCCAAGGCCGCCAACAUACACCCUUUCAUCGAGACGCUACCCCAUAAAUACGAAACCAGAGUGGGAGACAGGGGGACUCAGCUAUCGGGAGGUCAGAAACAGAGGAUUGCCAUUGCCCGAGCCCUCAUCAGACAACCUCAGAUCCUGCUCCUGGAUGAAGCUACAUCAGCUCUGGAUACUGAAAGUGAAAAGGUGGUCCAAGAAGCCCUGGACAAGGCCCGGGAGGGCCGCACCUGCAUCGUGAUCGCACACCGCCUGUCCACCAUCCAGAACGCAGACAUGAUCGUGGUGUUGCACAACGGCAGAGUCAAGGAGUGCGGCACUCACCACCAGCUGCUGGCACAGAAAGGCAUCUACUUCUCCAUGGUCAGUAUUCAGACUGGGACACAGAACUGAUGGACUGUUGGUUACAAUGUAUCUACAAAUAAACUCAUAAUUCUAC